AACCACCGUUCGUGACAGACGUCCAUCAAAUCUGCCUUGAUUAUGAUGAGUAACACUAAAGCCUACAGAAGACUGAAGGCUUUAGUGUUAAUCAACCGAGAAAUAAGUUAAAAGGAAUUAAAUAGCUUGUUCGGUUGAAGGAGGAAAGGGUUUGUGCCGUCAAUCUUGAAGGGUCUGAAAAUCAGUCUUCCCUUCGCCCUGUCUUCGUUUCACCCAGGAUUACAUAAGGAGGAGCUUCCACUCUUGGUAGUAGCUGUUACCGCUGCAAACGGACUGCGGGCUGUAGGCUAGAAUUUAAUUUAUCAACUGACUCUGAAAAUGAGUGACCACGAAAAGGAAAGGGUUAAGAUUGGACGAAGAAAAAGCAGAAGACUGGUGUCAAGUAUUUUUCAAUAUGAAGCUCAAAUGUGUCAAGCAAAAUUGUUGAAUGCAUGCUAAAAGAUGAGGCGGGAAGAACUAUUGGCAGUGUGUGACAAGGGGGAAGUAAGAAGAAGUGUAACAUUUGAAGAAAGAAGAAAAGUGUCAAGUAAUGAAGUAACAGAAAUUAAAGAAGAAAGAAAUCUUCCUAAGAAUACAGUGCUAAAUAUCUUGCUCGCCUUGUCAACAGAAUAUUCUUCAUUCUUGACCACACAGACAUGCUGUGGCAGAUUUCUCAACAUGGCUGUUGGUUUGUGUGAUGUCCAUUCAGGAGUCUCGCUCCGCAUCCAGGAGUGUGAGUCCGCCUGCCUCAAGAAAGUCUGCAAGCCGCUCACCCGGUCAUUCACCAGCUCACUCUAAGGAAGGCUCCCGCCAUCAUCGUUCCAAAACUCGGUCUAGAUCCAGGUCAAAAUCAAGGUCCCAUUCCCAUCGUGGAUCACGCAGACAUUACAGCCGAUCUCGCUCGCGCUCUAGGUCCCAUCGUCGACGAUCUCGUAGUAGUAGGUCCUACAGUGGAGAUCACCGCAGCAGGAGCCAUAGCCACUCCCCUAUGUCCAAUCGCCGCAGGCAUAUUGGAAAUCGUACAAAUCCAGACCCAAACUGUUGCCUGGGAGUCUUUGGUCUCAGCUUGUACACAACAGAGAGAGAUCUGAGGGAGGUUUUCUCGAAGUAUGGCCCCUUGGCAGAUGUUUGCAUUGUGUAUGAUCAGCAGUCACGGCGUUCCCGAGGCUUUGCCUUUGUGUACUUUGAGAAUACAAAUGAUGCAGCAGAGGCAAAAGAGAGGGCCAAUGGCAUGGAGCUGGACGGUCGCAGGAUCAGAGUAGACUUCUCCAUCACAAAGAGACCCCACACCCCUACUCCUGGAAUUUACAUGGGACGCCCCACAUAUGGUGGAGGUGGCCCCAGUGGUCGACAUUCUCGUGACUAUGACCGUGGAUAUGAUCGUGGAUAUGACAGAGGCUACGACCGAUACGACGACAGAGAAUACUACCGAUCUUACAGAAGACGUUCGCCAUCACCUUACUACAGAGGCGCGUACAGGUCUCGGUCCAGAUCACGAUCCUAUUCUCCCCGCCGUUAUUGAAUAUCGCUGUGAAGAAGACACUCUCUUAUUAUAGGUUGAACAGGAAAAGUUUGCUUGGAAUAUUAUUCCUCUUCUUUGUCCUUUUCUGUUUGCUUACAGGUACAUGACCAGUGAAUUUAAACUAAACUAAGAUAAUCCCCCCCCAAAGUUUUAAUUUCUAAUAUAUAGGCAGUCCCUGUCAUCACUGGUACAUUUGUUUUUUAUAUACAACUUGUGUGGAGUUUAAUCUUUGAAUAGAUUAAAGCAAAAUAAUUUUUCUCACCUUGACUUCUGUCUUAAUUAAUGUGUUGAUACAAGACAAAAUACCCUUUAUCCAGUAAUAAAACUGUCUAAACAAAUUAGUUAAAGUUAAACUGAUGUACCAUGGCCUCAAUAUAGGAAAUGGAAGUGCAACAUUGACCCCUACUGGACACAGUCUACAUACCGUUUAUAAUCAAUUGCAUAGACCACUACAACAUUACCUAAUGCACCAGUACAAUUCAAGUGUUUAGUCAUUUUUCAGUAUUCUAUUAAUCCCCUGAAGAAAUCACUCUCUCCAUAUAACGAUCCAUAAAAACACCAGCGUGAUUCAGAAUGGACACUGUAGCAGUGGGCUUGGGUUGAGUGUUUUUGGUGCCUGCUCAACAUCACAGUACUGCCAGGGCUGGGAUUCAAACCAUCAAUUCUCUGAUUACAACCUGAUCCUUAGGCUCAACCUCAAACUUAAAAUGUUGACGUGUGUGUUGAUAAUUUAACUUAAACAUUCUAUGACUAUUUUCCCUUUGAUUUUGUCAACCCAAGGUUAAAACUAUUGGUCCUUUUGGAACAAGGCAUCAUAUGGAGCUCAACCCCUAUGUUUUUAGAGGGAGGAUUCUUGAUCCAAUCCUAGCAGUCACUGUGUAAGGGCAAAAAUAUAUCUUUUAUGUGUUCACAGAACUACACACAGAGGCAAACAACUGUUCAGACUUGCACUUACAUGUUUGGUCCACUUAGGUCAGGAUUAGGCAAAAAACAAACAAAAAAAAAACUGCAAGAAUCUCUAUACUUAGUAUAACAUUUACUUCUCACUCAGUAGUAAACUGCCUACGUCCUGAUAUUUCUAGAGCAACUUAAUUAUCAAUUGUUAAGUUGACAGAUUUCUGUAUUUGUCCCUUGUACCUGCAUAGGGCUAUUUUCCCUAUAUAUUGUGAGAUGAUGUCCUCUUUAGGGUAAAUAUAAUUAUUAUUUGUUGUCUCUGCUGGUUGAUCCCAGCAGCAGCAGAGUCCUGCUACGACUGUGUUAGCAUGUCAUUUGGAAGAGCUGUUUUGUAAAUAGACCACAGCUUGGACAUUCCUGUGUUCACACACUGACGUAAACAAGCGGAGGAGCGGUCGCUCCUGCUGCUGGCACCAUCUCUACACUACAGUGGGGUGGCAGUAAUGCUCUAAAGCAUAGGCCAGUCACAUGUACUGUAGAUACUCUUAAGACUGCAGAAACAAAGGCUCCUCCCACUGAUCACUAAUGUAGGUACAUCCAUGCUAGAACACUGCAGCAUUGAACAACAACAGCCUUUCCCUAAUGUGUCAGUGUUGCAAUUAUCCUUUUACAUUCACUCUCCUCAAACACUCCCACAGAUUCACACCUAUAUCAACUAAAAGGGGGAAAGGGUAGAAGAAGGUGCUCCACUAGAGGGACAGAAGAGACAUGGAGGAAGUCUGAUGGGACGGGGAAUCUCCUAACUUCCGUUUCAAAAAAUGCGACCAUACGCAGAAUGAAGCCACUUA